AACACCCCACCAGCACCACCCAUCCCGUUUCUCUUUAUAUAGCCUGCAGGGAAACCCCAUCAGAGCAUGAGAGGAGCUGCUGGAGAUUACUGAGGCAGCAGACACAUCAAGAAGAGGAUUUACCAUCCCAGAGCCUAACUUUGCUUUUUAAUUUAAAUUCAUUUUGUUAUAAGCCUUAACCUACUGCUGUGUUAUAGCUAAAAAAAAAAAGGAUGCAAGGUUCUACCCUCUUGGUUUUUAUAGAGAUAUUUUUGAUCAGUUUAAGAUGAGACACCAAUAAAAGGGCCUAAAAGCUGUUUUUAUUUGAGUUAAUUAAUUCUCAGAAGUUAAAAUAAGUUCAAAGUCCACUCCACUACUUGAUCCAGCAUGAUGUCCAGCGUGCGCCGCCACAGCCUGCGCCUGCAGACGGAGCUGCACCGCUGGAGCAUCAGCGACCCGAGCAGCGGGCUGAUGCCCGGCGGGCUGCUGGCGCGGGUCCCCGGCAUGGCCCGCUCCAAGUCCUGCUCCGGCUCCGCCGGGGAGUCCAGCCGAGGGAGCCGCGGCAGCCGAGGGAGCUGGUCGUCCGCGGACUCUGUGAUCUCCACGGACUCCGGGGACCCGCUGGAGCCCGCGGCCCCGUACCGGGUGGUGCUGCUGGGGGGCGGCGGGGUCGGAAAGUCCGCCUUCGCCAGCAUCUUCGCCGGGGCAGCGGACAGCAUGGACAGCGAUGACUGCGAGCUGUAUGGAGACGAAAUAUGCGAAAAGGAGAUAGAAGUGGACGGGGAAACUGCAACUAUAACUUUGCUGGACACAUGGGAUGCAGAGACUGACAGCGAGCUGACCCAGGAGCGCUGCAUUCAGACAGGUGAUGCCUACCUGUUGCUGUACUCCAUAACCGACCGCUCGUCGUUCCUGCGAGCAUCAGAGCUCAGAAUUACCCUGCGCCGCUUCCGCCCUGCCCGAAAUACCCCGAUCAUACUAGUGGGAAACAAGUGUGACCUGGUGCGGCGUAGAGAGGUGUCCACAAAUGAGGGCCGUGCUUGUGCUGCCGUCUUUGACUGCAAGUUCAUCGAGACCUCAGCCGCCAUGCAGCAUAAUGUCUGGGAGGCUUUCUACGGCAUCGUGCGACAGCUGCGUCUGCGCCGAACCUCCAGAGAAGACAGCAAACGUCGUGGACCAGCGCACUGUAAGAGACGCCGCGAGAGCCUUCCUGUGAAGGCCAGACGUUUCCUCGACAAGAUGGUUGCAAAGAACAAUCCCACUGUGGCAUUCUGGCUCAAAUCCAAGUCCUGCCAUGAUCUCUCUGUUCUGUAGACAAUCCCAAAUCCACAGGAAACACCUGAGCAGAUGAACAAGUUACAGGCUGCAAAAAGGAACCCUUGGACAAGGCUGGAGGGACGCCUGUUCCUGAAGGACAGCAAAGUUGGACGGUUUAACCUUCUCCUCCAUUCAGCACAGGUUGCAUGUACGAGAGGAGUUGGGUGUCUACCUGUCAUCAAGCAGUUUGUUGCGUUCUGAUCUGCGAGGACUAGACUGGACUUUCAGAAGUCAUGUGCUGGACUUGUCCUGCCUCUGAGACAGAAACUAUUCAGACACUGGAGAUUAGCUUAAAGAAACUGAGAGAAAGAUGUGUUUUUUGUUUCUGUGUCAGCUUUAUUUCCAUUUUUCCAAAGUUCCUCAUGAUUUCAAUUCUGGUUAUUAUUUUUUAUUGUUUUUGCCAAAUUUGUUGACUUUUCAUUCCCAAGUGCUUGUAUUGAUGGUUGUAUGCUUUUGAUUAUUGUAUGUGAUUAAUAUUUAUGACUUUUUUUUAAAUCAUUGAUUCAUUACUUUCAUUUUAUGUAAAAUGUAUUGUAUUUUGCACUUAUUGUGAAUAAAA